CUGCACUCCACAAACUUGGGACUAGUCGGCCUCUCACCCUCCACUCGCUACUACUAGAAAUCACCUAAUCACUCACCUACUCACCGGUCUUCGACAUGGUCUCUCGCGGUCGUCCCUCUCUGCAACAGGGUCUGGAUCGAGAAGUGUACCAAGUGGUGCGCAAGUAUCUGGACGAGAAGAACGAGUCGCCGCUCAAGUUGCGCGUUUCCACAGUCUAUGACUACCUGCAUCGCUCAAAUUCUAGCUUGAAGAGGAGACCAAAGAAGCAGCUGGAGGAUUCAAUAGAGCGAGUAAUCGAUGUCAUGCGUGAGGACGAAAGUUCUGGAGAAGAUGAGAUGGCUGGGUUUGAGGGUGAUUUGAUGGGGGAGCCAAAAGAUGACAGGAAAGGGCAAGAGAAGGAAGUCGAUUGGAUGAACCGCCAGAUUGUGAAUCAGUGGGCAGGCGUACCCGCGGCAAACGGCGAGAAGAGCGAAAAGGCCAAGAAGAGGGACGCAGCGAAGACCAACGGUGAGCGUGAAAGCAAGCGACUAAAGAAAACCGAGUCGAAGUCUUCGAAAGUCGACACCACACCACCUACCGGGCUCACUCUUGAAGACCUUGGCGGCGUAGACAGUGUCAUCGGUCAGCUGAAAGAGCAUCUGGUUCUCCCCCUGCUUUGUCCCGAGGAGUACGUCAAUCGAGAAAUUCCCAUACCUCGCGGUAUUCUCCUCCACGGCCCCCCCGGAUGCGGUAAAACGGCAAUCUGCCGAGCCGCUGCAGCAGAGCUUGGCGUGCCAUUCAUCGAGAUCCUAGGCCCUUCUGUUGUGUCCGGCAUGUCAGGGGAGUCGGAGAAGCAAAUUCGCGAAAUCUUCGAGAAAGCGAAAGAAGUCGGCCCCUGUCUGAUAUUCAUUGAUGAGAUCGACGUCAUUGCGCCAAAAAGAGACAAUGCACAGAGUCAAAUGGAGAAGCGCAUUGUGGCCCAGCUGCUGGUCUCCAUGGACAGUUUGUCUAUGGAAGGAAACGAUGGGAAACCGGUCAUCGUUCUCGCUGCAACGAAUCGGCCGGACAGCUUGGACCCUGCCCUGCGACGCGGUGGUCGCUUCGAUACUGAAAUCAACAUGGGCGUCCCCAAUGAGCCGAUGCGAGAGAUGAUCUUAAAAGCGCUCACCCGGAAGCCGCGGCUGUCAGAAGACGUGAACCUGCCAAUACUUGCAAAGAGAACUGCAGGCUUUGUUGGCGCCGAUCUGAAAGACCUAGUCAGUAAAGCAGGCACAUGGUCUAUGGACCGUUAUCGGGAGGCAUUGGAGAAGCAGGCUGCCGAAGCAGAAACCGAGAUGGAAAUCGACGAUGGAAUGAACAAGACACCACUCCCUGAGCACAUUCGAUCGUGGAGGCGGCUCGUCAAACGAGUACGAGACAAAGAAGUGCCACGUCCGCCCGGCUUCGAGAACACGGUCAUCACGAUGCAAGCAUUCACCGCCGUCCUGCCCACUAUCGUUCCAUCUUCCAAGCGAGAAGGCUUUGCGACAGUGCCAGAUACUACAUGGCAGGAUGUUGGUGCGCUCAAGGGUAUUCGAGAGGAGCUUGAAAUGGCCAUCAUCGAACCCAUCAAGAACCCUGAGCGCUUUGCUAAGGUUGGUAUCACCUCCGCCACGGGGGUACUUCUAUGGGGCCCGCCUGGUUGCGGUAAGACACUGCUCGCCAAGGCGGUAGCUGCGGAAUCGAAAGCGAACUUCAUCAGUGUAAACGGGCCGGAAUUGCUCAACAAGUACGUCGGCGAAUCUGAACGUGCGAUUCGGCAAGUCUUCACACGCGCCCGCUCCUCUGUCCCCUGCGUAAUAUUCUUCGACGAGUUCGAUGCCCUCGCUCCAAAGCGCUCCACCGAAAUGCACGAAGCCUCCGCUCGCGUCGUAAACACGCUCCUCACCGAAGUCGACGGCCUUGGCAUGCGCGCGGGCAUCUACCUUAUCGCCGCUACCAACCGCCCCGAGAUGAUUGACGAGGCCAUGCUGCGCCCUGGUCGUCUGGAGACACGCCUGUACAUCCCGCUACCCAAGCCAGAAGAACGUGUCGAUAUCCUCAAAGCGCUUAUCCGGCAGAAAGCCGUCAUGGACCCCAAUAUGGCGGAGUUUGCAAACAGGGAGGCGUGUGAGAAUUUCAGCGGUGCGGAUUUGGAGGCCCUGCUUAGACGGUCCGGGCAAUGUGCGCUUAAGCGCCGCUCAGAUGUUGUUGAAGAGAAGGAUCUUGUGGAGGCCGCGAGGACGAUUAGUCCUAGUGUGGGGGAUAUUGUGAAGUACGAGAAGUUACGGAAGAGGUUCGAGACGAGCUUGUGGUGAUUCGAUGUUUUGGUUUGGAUGUGAGGAGGGUGUUAGGGUGUGUAUGGUGUGGCUAUUUUGAAUGGGCCGCGGCACAAUCGAUGCAAGAAGUUGUUGUACGAGACCUUAUAGUCACAGCAUGGGCAGAGUUAUUCUUCUUCAUCGUUUUCCUACCCGGUAAGUCUCUUGAUACGGAGAAGUCAAACGAGAUCAGGAUGAAUACGGCUGGGAGGUAUGAUAAUAUUACCUGCUCCAAUGCUGAUGGCGUAAACACUUUAACGAGGUUGAUUAAUUAACCACUCCUCUUAAUCGGUUGCGGUUUCGCGGAUGUAAGAUCAAGCAAAGCCAGGCAGUUGCACUUAGAAU